GCUACAUGUGGGGGAAGAAACCUCCCGAGUGAAACCAAGCAGAGGAAAGAGACCAAACUGAACACUUCAACCUUUUUUUUAUUCUAUUCUAUUUUUUUUACUGCAUGGAAUAACUGCCCUGCUCUUUGAGCACCAAGCCGUUAGGUGAAACUAGUGAAAGUUUGAUGCUUGAGAGGAAAUUGGUAACUUCGGACUGACCGACCCUGGGAUCUGUAAUCUCCUAAACUCGGGGAAUAACCUGAUCCUCUCGGCCAAUUUGUCUGCGGAUACAAGCUCCGGUUGAGGACAAAUUUGCUCACGGUGAAGAAAGAGGUGAAAAGCUGUUUGCUUCGCUGUAACGAGGAGUAAAAACCCAGCGAUCUGAGCAACGUAUUGAAGAAUUGUUGCACCGGGCAAGGUUUGGGCUGAUCCUCAUGGGAACCAUGGAAAUAUUGGAAAUAGCGGGAAAAGGGCAAUAAACAUCCACAGGUUGUGUCCAGAAGGAUGUGUUUUUAAACCCAUGCUGCUGGGAGGUCAAGAGGUGACAUGCCUCUGUAAAACACCACUGGAAACAAAUGCUCUGCUGCCAUGCCUCCGGGGAUGGUGCGUCAUCUUUCAUUGUCAGCAGUCCGGACACUGCUGUCUCUCCUGCUAGCCAUUGGCUGGCCAUUCUUCUCAUUACCUAGUGGCAUUGUCCAAGGAUCAGACUUUUUCCCCUCUAGUCAUCAUCUCACUUUUGUCCGGAAUGACACACUGUUUGAGCACUUGGCCCUGCAUCCCGACCCCAGUGUGAGUCGGGUCUACAUCGGGGCUCGAGAUCACCUGUUCCAGUUGGAUCAAUUCCUCCAACCUGAAUUCCAAGAUGACACCGGACCCGUUACAGAUAGUCGGGAGUGCUUACCUCCUGUUACUGAAAGCAACUGCCCUCAGGCUAGGGCCACCAGUAACCACAACAAGCUCCUGCUGGUUGAUCCCUAUUCCAUGCAACUUAUUACCUGUGGGAGCGUCAAUCAAGGAAUCUGUCAGAAACGUAGUCUGAAUUCUGUGAAUGAGGUACUUUUUUCCACCUCAAAGCCAGUGGAUACCCAAUAUGUAGCAGCUAACCACCCCAAUGUUAGUACUGUUGGGCUUGUGGUUCGGUCCCAUCCUGACAGGCAACCAGUACUGUUUGUGGGCCGGGGUUACACCAGCAGCCAUCCUCCUAUUUCCACAAGAAACCUCGCCCAGGAACCCGUCUUUUCCUACGAGGAGACCGCCAAGUUGGCUGUGGCUGGCCGUCUCUCAGAGUAUGACCAUCAUUUUGUGGCAUCGUUUGCCCACCGUCAGCAUGUAUACUUCCUCUUCUAUAGACGGGACCUUAAGUCACAGUCGCGUGAAUACCGCACCUACAUCUCUCGUGUAUGUUUGGAUGACCAGUCCUAUUACUCCUACGUAGAAGUACCCUUGACAUGCCGUUCCAGGCCGGGGAAAAUUUACAACUUGCUGCAAGCUGUCCAACUCGGGCUCUCCAAGGACGGUGUAGGGAGUCAAGGCUCAGAGAUCCUUCUUGGUGUCUUCUCCACCCGUUUGGCUUCAUCAACUCGGCCUAGUGAGGACUCUGCCCUCUGCAUGUUUAACCUUGAAGAUGUGGACCGCAGGAUUAACUCCACCAGAGACCUGUGCUACACACAGAUGGGUAAAGAAACAGGAAUGGAGGCAGCCUACAUUGAGUACGAAGUCAAGUCAAACUGUGCCAACCUGCCAGAGAACACCCUGGACGCCUACCCCUGCGGCUCAGACCACACCCCGAGCCCAAUGGCCAGCCGAAUCGCCGUGGAGGCAGAAACCAUAUUGGACAGCCCCUCUGCCCGUCUCACCGCUGUGUCCGUCAGCGUGAGAGCGGGACAUACCAUCGCCUUCCUGGGAGACUCCAAAGGGAAUCUGCACAAGGUGUUCCUGGGACCAAACGGCGAGGUGGAGGAGUACUCCGUCGUCUCCAUUCAGCAGAACGCAGCCAUCAGCUCGGACCUCAUCCUCGACCAGAAGGAGGAGCAUCUCUUCAUCAUGACCCACAACAUGCUACAGAAGAGACCGGUGGCUGAGUGCCAGCAGCACCCGGACUGCCACUCCUGCCUGCUGGCCCACGACCCCUACUGUGGCUGGUGUGUCCUGGACGGAAGGUGUGUGUUGCAGUCGGAGUGCGCUCGUGGGAAGCAGCCAGGUCAGUGGCUGUGGAGCUUCGACAUGGAGCAGCAGUGUCUGACCGUCCAGAACCUCAGCCCCUCCAACAUCAGCAAGGAGGAGAGCAGGAUGGUGUCUCUGUCAGUCCCUGGCCUUCCAGUGUUAGAGAAGGAUGAGUCCUACUCCUGCUUUUUCCAGGACAGCUACAGUCCUGCCACUGUCACCAAAACUGGGGUCACCUGCCAGUCCCCCGACACCAGCAGAGUACCCAUGGUUCCUCCAGGACGGGACUUUGUCAGAGUCACAUUGUCUCUUCGUUUUGGCGACGUCACCGUCACAGCAAGGGAUUUCAUCUUCUAUGACUGCAUGGCUGUGAAGCAGCUGUCUGGCAGCAUGCCUUGCCGCGGUUGUGUUUUGAGCCAGUGGGGCUGUAACUGGUGUGUUCACCAGCACCUGUGUACCCACAAGCCCACCUGUGAGACGGGGGUGAUCAUCUACAACCAGCACUUUGAACUCCCCACCUCGGCUCCUCCCCCGACUAAGCCUAUUAAAGUAAUCACCACACCCAGCACCACAACAGCUGCCCCAACAACCACCACCAUGACAACCACCACAACUCCUUCCAUGACAACAACCUCAACUGUCGCCACAACAACAACAACAACAACAACAACAACUGCUGCCCCUGUCACUGUAGCAACCACUCAGGAGCCAACCACCCCUCCCAUGCCCACUACUCCACCUGCAACCACCACCAGCCCUGAGCCGACCAUCCCGCCCACCACCCUGCCCCCUCAGCCUGCCACUACCCUGCAACCUGUCACAGCAGCCCAGACCAGGCCUCCACCUCCAGAGGACAACACCAGGGAGGAAGAACAGACUGAAGCAGAAGAGCUUGUCGUUGUCACUGAGGUUACACCCAGUGUUUCCGUGGCGGCUGCAGAGUUGGUGCCUGUCACCAUGGCUGAUGGUCUAAGUGGAGAACAGGACGCGGUGAUGCCUCUGAUGAUCCCGGACUCCUCCCCCCUGGAGGAGUCUUGGGGGGAGGUGGUGACGGAGUCACCCCUGAGUGACACACAGGAAGCUGAAGGAAAGCUGAGCCUGGCUGAGCCUCCCACCCCAGCCUCAUCUGGCUUCCCCCUGCUCACGCCUCUCCCUGCGGGCAAACCAGCCGACUCUGAGCCCUCCCUCUACCUAGACCAGACCCAGACACCCAUCCCGACGCCCACACAAAACGCAGAGGCAGAAGGCCCAGGUGGUGACCCUGAGGUGCUCCUCUGGCCAAAGGAAGAAGUGGAUGUCCAUGCUAAGGGUUCUACUCAGUCAGAAAAUGACACAGCCACAUUUUCAGCUGCCACUGUGUUGUCAGGUGACGGUGAGGUUGACCACGCCCCCCCAUCCUAUCCCCACCUGUUGGAUACUGACUCAGAGCUGAACUACCAGUACGAUUCAGCUGAUGCCUUCCUCCCGGGGGAUGAGGGCUCCUAUGUCAGCUGGGGUUCCUCAGCAUGUCCCUGUGUGGAGAAGGUCCAGGGUUCAUCACUGCUUCCUGUCAGAGUGGAGAGGAAGAUCACUCUACUGGCCCGCAACCUGCACCUCUAUCAGGAUUCAGAGCUGGACUAUGAGUGCGUGUUGGUUAUUGAAGGGCAGACGGUGGUGGUGGACGCCUACGUGGAAACUGACGAGAUGAAUCCAUUCAACUUUGACAUCACCUGUCAACUGCACCAGUACACAUAUUCAGCUCCGGUGGAGGAGUACAAUGCCAUGGUGUACGUGAAGAGGAGGGACACCUUCCAUGUGGACAGCUCUACUGAUCUUUAUGUGACCCUGUACAACUGCUCCGUGGGCCGGUCUGACUGCAGCCGCUGCCAUACAGCUGACCAGAAAUAUGGCUGUGUGUGGUGUGGCACUGCUCAGGCCAGUUGUUUGUAUUCACAAUCCUGCAGUGAACCUGUGAACACGUGUCCUGCCCCCGUCAUCCACUCUAUUGAGCCACUCUCCAGCCUGUUAGAAGGAGGCACCAUGGUAACCAUCUCAGGCUCCAACCUGGGCCAGAAGGCUGAAGACAUCCUAAACUCUGUGUCAGUAGCUGGCAUAGCCUGCACCGUCAUCCCUAGCCUCUACGAGGUCUCCUCCAGGAUUGUGUGCAGGACCAAAGCCAGUGGAGGAGAGAAGGUGGGCCACGUCUCUGUUAAAGUGAGUGGAGGAGAGUUUGGCCUGUCCAGCCAGAUGUUCACCUACCAGGACCCAUUUGUGAUGGGGGUGUCGCCUGAGAGGGGGCCCAAGGCCGGAGGAACCUCCCUGACAAUCACCGGCCGGAACCUGCUGACGGGCCGUCCCUCUGACCUCACCAUCACUGUGGGAGGAGUGUCCUGUAAAAUUGUAUCAGAAGUGCAGUCGUCCAGUGUGCAGUGUGUGACAGGCAGCAGUAAUAAGACAGGAGAACAUCGGGUCACCCUGCAUUAUGGCAGCAGCCAGCGUCACCUCCACACCUCAUCCUACUUCUACACCCACAAUCCCAACAUCACCCACGCCAAGCCAGCCAAGAGCUUCAUGGCUGGUGGUCGACUGAUCUAUGUGUCAGGACACAACUUGGACGUGGUGCAGGAGCCUCGGAUGGUGGUGACAGUGUCUCCAUCUGAGUCUGUCAGCCAGAGCAAAAUGAGGAGGAGGAGGAGAAAGAGGCGGAGCACAGAGGAGAAGGAGGAUGGGGAGAGGACACUGGGAAGACCUGUCAGAAUGGUUCCUGACCCUGUCUGUCCUGGAGACCCACGCUGCUCUGUCAAACAGUUCACGGAGCGCUGUGAGGUGAACUCGUCCACCCUGAUCCUGUGCCGCUCUCCGAUGGUGGACUCCUCCAUCUCGGGGUCAAAGAUCACAGUGGAGUUCCUGCUGGACAACCUGCUCUUUGACUUCAGCAGUUUGAACCCCCAGGCCUUCAGCUACGAGCCCAACCCCGUCCUACGCCGCUUGAACCAGCAGGAACCUCUGAAGGCCUACCGUUACAACCCUGGCAGCUUCAUCCAGCUGGAGGGAGAAGACCUGGACCUGGCCAUCACUAAGGAAGAGGUGGUGGUGUUGGUCGGGGAGGGUGUGUGUGCUGUCAAGACUCUGACCAAAAACCAUCUGUACUGCGAGCCGCCCCCUCAGCAGCCCGCACCGGGACCCAACGGCAAGAAACGAGAGGGCUCGGACAACCUUCCAGAGUUCACUGUCCAAAUGGGCAACCUGAACUUUUCUCUUGGCAAGGUUCUGUACGACAACCUCAGCCUGUCCACCUUCCCCCUGGAGGCUCAGAUUGGAGUUGGGGUCGGGGCAUCCAUAGUCGCCCUCAUUGUCCUCAUCAUCGUGCUCAUCUACAGGAGGAAGAGUAAGCAGGCCCUGAGGGACUACAAGAAGGUCCAGAUCCAGCUGGAGAACUUGGAGACCAGUGUGAGAGAUCGCUGCAAGAAAGAGUUCACAGACCUGAUGACAGAGAUGAUGGACAUGUCCAGUGACCUGGUGGGCUCAGGUAUCCCCUUCCUCGACUACCGGAUGUACGCAGAGCGCAUUUUCUUCCCGGGCCACCGAGAGUCUCCGCUGAGGCGAGACUUGGACGUUCAGGAGUGUCGGCGGCAGACGGUGGAGCAGGGCCUGGUGCAGUUGUCCAACCUACUCAAUAGCAAACUCUUCCUCACCAAGUUUAUUCACACCCUGGAGAGCCAGCGGACGUUCUCUCCCAGAGACCGAGCCUACGUGGCCUCCCUGCUGACGGUGGCUCUUCACGGCAAACUCGAAUAUUUCACUGACAUUCUCAAAACUCUCCUGAAUGACCUGGUGGAGCAGUACGUGGCCAAGAACCCCAAACUGAUGCUGCGGCGAACAGAGACGGUGGUGGAGAAGCUGCUGACCAACUGGAUGUCCAUCUGCCUCUACGCUUUCCUCAGGGACUCAGCGGGAGAGUCCCUCUACAUGUUGUUCAGGGCCAUAAAGCAUCAGGUGGAUAAAGGACCAGUGGACGCUGUCACCGGCAAGGCCAAGUACACCCUCAAUGACAACCGCCUACUGCGAGAGGACGUGGAGUACAAGACCCUGACUCUGAAUGUGUUAGUGCAGGGUGGAGGAGUGAAUGAGUCCCAGCCGCUGCCUUCCAAAGUGCUGGACUGUGACACCAUCACACAGGUGAAAGAGAAGCUGCUGGAUCAGGUGUUCAAGGGCACCUCCUUCUCCCACCGACCCCACGCUGACUCACUGGACCUAGAGUGGAGGUCUGGUGUUGCCGGGCAUCUCAUCCUGUCAGACGAGGACUUGACGUCUGUGGUUCAGGGCAACUGGAAGAGGCUGAACACACUGCAGCACUACAAGGUCCCAGACGGUGCCACAGUCGCCCUGGUCCCUCGCCACAACAAACACAUUCACCACGACAACCACGACUACGUAGCAGGAGAGAAAACACCAAUGCUGGAGGAUGCAGAUGAAGGUGGCGUGCGGCUGUGGCAUCUGGUGAAAGCCAGCGAGGAGCCUGAGCUGCCCAAACACCGCAGAGGCAGCCUGAGGGAGAGGGAGAGGGCCAAAGCCAUCCCUGAGAUCUACCUGACCCGCCUGCUGUCCAUGAAGGGGACGUUGCAGAAGUUCGUAGACGAUCUGUUCACAGUCAUCCUCAGCACCAGCCGUCCUGUCCCACUGGCUGUCAAAUAUUUCUUUGACCUGCUGGACGACCAGGCGGGACAACAUGGCAUCUCUGACCCCGAGACAAUUCAUAUUUGGAAGACCAACAGCCUCCCCCUGCGCUUCUGGAUCAACAUCGUGAAGAACCCUCAGUUUAUAUUUGACGUCCAGGCGUCGGACCACGUGGACGCCGUGCUCUCCGUCAUCGCCCAGACAUUCAUGGACUCCUGCACCAUCGCUGAGCACAAACUGGGACGGGACUCUCCCAUCAACAAGCUGCUGUACGCCAGAGACAUCCCUCGAUACAAGCAGAUGGUAGAAAGGUACUAUGCUGACAUCAGGCAAACCAUCUCAGCCAGUGACCAGGAGAUGAACUCUGCUCUGGCUGAACUGUCCAGGAACUACUCUGGAGAGCUGAAUUACCUGGUCGCACUGCACGAGCUCUACAAGUACAUCAACAAAUACUACGACCAGAUCAUCACGGCACUGGAGGAGGACACCACGGCUCAGAAGAUGCAGCUGGGCUACAGGCUGCAGCAGAUCGCCGCCGCUGUGGAGAAUAAAGUCACUGACUUGUGACAGAGGAGACGCCCGCUGGUGUCACAACAGACAGAGUGGGGUGGGAGUGUGGAAGCAAAUUAAACAAAAAAGCAAACUUGCAGUUUGCAGGUUGAAGUGAAAAGCAGCAGACAAACAAUUGGGAAGACAGACUCUUCUUUUUGAGGAGGAAGGAUGGGAGACGAGGGGCUGAGUUUUUUUAAGAAACGUUUUCAGAUCUGAAGAUUGAUGUUGGCGUUAAAAUUCAUAUCCCAGCACCUUUUGUCCUUUCGUGGUGUUUGCUAAGGAAGCAUCUGUGCAGGCCAUAAACUGUGAGGCCCUGAUCCCUCUGUAGAAACAGGGACAGCACGUGGACACCCAAUAAACCUGGACGAGGGGGACGUGUAAAAGAGACCAUUCAGGCUGUUUGUGAAGAGACGUGGAGGGAAGACUUAGUGUUUUAUCGGUACAAACUUGCUGGAUUUCAGACUCCCUACACAGCAGCUCUCACGUAUAAGAAACGAGCUGGUCCACAGUCAGCUGACGUGAUCUGGAGACUAACACAAAGGAGGAUUUAAUGUCAUUAUUUUCCCUCUGGAGUAAAUUUUACCAAGAGGUACCUCUUAUGCCUUGUGUGCUUGUCGCUGCUGCACAAUCAGAUGUUAUUUUGUAUGUGUGUAUGGUGAUUUGUGUGUGUGCGUGUGUGCACAGUUAUCCAUAUUGCCGUGGUUGUGGAUCUGCUCCUUACAUUUCUGGUUACUAGUACAAAGUAGUGCAGUAACUGCUGAUUACACUUUGGAUGUUACAGGGAGCAGUGUUUCGACAAUGCAGUCAGCUGAUCUUCAAAAUCACAUUUUCACAUGUUUUAGAAGGAAACACUUCACUUCAAGCAAAUUACUGAGAAUUAUAAAUGAUAAAUGAUAAAUUCUAAGUCACUGCCACUCUCUACCUCGCUCACUGUGCUGCAUCGGUUGCUCUCCGUUUCCGUGAUGAUACUGCCCCAUCAAAAAAACACUGCUGUGUACCUUUCAGUCAGCUGACACUAGCAGUACAGCAGCACAGCUCAGAUCUGUCCUCACACACAUACAUCAACAUCUGCUGGGCAUCUCGUGUGGAGCACAGAGACACACACACACAGAUAUUUCAGACAUUUCUGGUUAAUUAUUUCCUGUCCUUCGUUAAAGCUUGGAGGUCAGAACCUGCACA